AUGAGGAGGGCCUGCAGCAGCGACGUGAUGCUGCUUGAGCCCGCCGCUGGCAGGCGGCCGCUCGGCACGGCGCGCCGGCUUGGCGCGGCCGCGGGCGCGCCGCCCAUCGCGGCGGCGGCCGCCGGCCCGCAGCAGCCGCAGCAGGCGCAGCAGCAGGCGCAGCCCUCUCAGCCGCGCCACCAUCAGGCGCACCAGCAGCAGCAGCGGGAGCAGUACGAGCACAUCCAGCGGCAGUGGUAUGUGCCUCGCAGCAAGCUACACCACUACCCAGAAGACACGCAGCAGGCCAUCCGCGGCGGCAGGCGGCCGCAGGCGCGCUCCCUGGCCAGCUCCACGGCAGCCGCCUCCCAGCCCUCGCCCCCUGCUGGCGGCAGUCGCGGCGCGCAGGCGGCGCUGGCAGCUGAACUGGAGAAGCUGGGCGCUGCACUGGAGUACGAGCGGCGGGCGGGCUUUGUGAAUGUGGUGGGCAGCGUGGAGAAGGUGCCGGUUGGGGAGUGGGCUGCCCGCCAGCUGCUGUCGGCGGCGGGGCAGCUGCAGGACCCCGAGGCGGCGCACGAGUGCGUGGCAGCUGCCCAGCAGCUGCGGCGGUACGCCUCGGCGCCGCCGGCCCAGCGCCCCGCGGCCGUGGCGGCCGCAGAGGCGGCCGCGCGCAGGGCGCUGCUCAGCGUGCAAGUGGGAGGCAGGCAGCCGACGGCCAGGCAGGCCAGGCAUCAGCCGCCCGGCGCCGGGCAGCAGCAGCAGCAGCAGCAGCAGCAGCAGCAGCCCAGGGAACGCCCACAGCCACAGCCACAGCCACAGCAGCAGCAGCAGCAGCUGCAACCUGCACGAAUUGCCGUGCCAGCGCAGGCCCGGCAGCCGGCGCCUGAGGCAGCGGCAGGCAGGGGCAGCGCCGCCGCCCAGCCCAAGGCCGCACCGCUGGCGUCAGCCGCAGGCGCCGGCCCGGCACAGGCUCGCCACGUGGCGCCGCCGGCCGCGCCGUCGCUGCUCCCUGCGGCGGCGCAGCAGGCGCUGCCUGCUGCUGCAGCCGCUGCGGAGCAUGAGCAUGAGCAUGAGCUGGAUGCGGCGGCGGCAGAGGCGCACGCAGAGGAGGUGGGGCAGGCGGUGCCGACGCCUGAGGGUGAGGAGUACGUGAUGCAGGGCAACCGCCGCAUCAAGGCCAGCACCGCCGCCUUCCGCCGCUCGUUUGCCGAGGCGGCGGCGGCGGCGGACGGCGCGCCGGCCGGCGGCGGCGUGGCGGCGGCUGCGGCGGCGGGCGGCGAGCAGCGCAGUGCAGAGUGGUUCCGCAUGCGCCAGGGCCGCCUCACCGCCUCGGCGUUCAGCAAGGCACUGGGCCUGUUUGAGGGCGACCGGCAGCAGCUGUGGGCGGAGAAGGUGGGCAUGGUGGAACCCUUCGCAGGCAACGCCGCCACCGCGUGGGGCACGUCUGCCGAGCCCCGCGCCCUGGACGCCUACCAGGCCGCCACCUGCCAGGCCGUGACCAGCUGCAUGUUCCAGGUCAAGCGUGACGAUGCCGUGCACGGCUGGCUGGGAGCCUCCCCCGAUGGCCUCAUCGAGUCGCUUGCUGUGGAGCCGCAGGCAGGGGCCAGCCCGCCGCCCGGCCCGGCCGGCCAGCCAGGCGCGGCGGCGCGGGCGGCGACCGCGGUGGCGCGCGGCGGCGGGCCUCUGGCGGGUCCCGGGCGCGGCAUCCUGGAGAUCAAAUGCCCGCACAACCGGGGGCAGCCGGAGCUGGCGGUACCGCCGCAGCACGCCACAUGGUACUACAUGCCGCAGGUUCAGGGCCUGAUGUACAUAUUUGACUGCGAGUGGUGCAACCUGUACAUCUGGACGCCCCAGCGCGGCAGCGCAGUGUACCACAUCCGGCGGGACCGUGCCUACUGGGCGCGGCUGUGGGAGGUGCUGGCCGACUUCUGGUGGAACAACGUGGUACCUGCGCGGCAGGAGUUCCAGGCGGGACGGUGGGAGGAGGUAGAGCAGUACAGGCCGCCGCCCACCAUCGAUGCCACAGAGGAGCUGCGGCAGUGGAGCAAGCGCUUGGCGCUGCAGGCGCCUGUCACCUUCUUCAGGCCGCAGCCGUAG